ACAAGAAUCUUGAUUUGAUUUUUUACAUUUUUUUCAUCAUCAUACACGCAAAAUAUCUCACACUUUCUCAUACAUUUUUUUCUCUCCCUAAUCAAUAUCCUAUCAACAUUUUCUUCUUUGAUCAUAUUUUUUUAUGCUCAACUCCAGUGAUGCAUGAGGAAAUUGAAGUUGGUUAUGUUUAUCUAUAUAAUUGAGCAAAGUUUCUAUUUUGGGUGUAUUUAGCGUCUUGUUCAAAUUUAUGGAUUAGAUAGGAGAAUCACAUAAAGAUAAAGGUUAAGGGUUGUUGGAAUUUAAGAGGAAUGUUGGAACCGGAAAUAUAUUCGUCUCGAGGCUGCUCUCCUUUUCGUGACGAUAGUGGGGACGAAGAGCUUUCUGUUCUUCCUAGGCAUACCAAAGUUAUUGUGACUGGUAAUAACAGAACAAAAUCGGUUUUGGUGGGACUUCAAGGCGUCGUGAAGAAGGCUGUUGGUCUUGGUGGAUGGCAUUGGCUGGUUCUGAAAAAUGGAGUUGAAGUGAAGCUGCAAAGGAAUGCUUUGAGUGUACUUGAACCACCAACCGGUCUUGAAGAAGAUUAUGAGUUUGAUAUUUCUAGCAGUGGCUCUGAUGUUAAUGAUUUUCCCACUGUUGCAGAAUUUAGCAAACUGGACAAGCCUAGAGUUCGUUACACAAAACCGUGGGGUCCAUCUCCAUCACUGAAGUCUACUAGUCGUAAUGCUUGUAAAGAAGCCCAAUCCAAAAUGAAUGCGUGCUAUCCUAAAGUGAACUUCUCGAAGCUAGGAAUCAACACAUUAUUUCGAUACUACAGUACUUUUAACCUUGGAAACAUUCACACCAAGCUAACAAAGGAACACUUGGUUAAUGCAGUUCACAAACAUUUCGCUUCACAGAAAGUAGGCGAGAUGGAAGCGAUAUUGGAGUUCAUAAAUGCAGCAAAGAGACGAAAAUCAGGAAGAAACCAUAGGGACCUAAGUUAGAUAGAGGAUCUUGAAAUGCUAGUGGUGUGUGCGCGUGCGUGUUGUUUGUGUAUACAUACUAUUAUACUAACCGAUUAGCGCAAACUCUUAAUUGUAGAAGAAUUAACCGCAGAUAGAAUAGCUUGUUUCUUUGCUUAACAAUACUCUCCCUCCCUAAUCUUUAACCCUGCUGUAAAAUCGAGCUAUCUUCCAGUUUAUGUUUAUAUACUAAAUCGUUUCUAAUUGCCAUUAAUCUGUAACUUAGAACA